AUGUCGAUCCACUCCGAUGAUUACGUAAUCAUCAUGGAUGAUGACGUACUCACUUAUGCGCCGCCGUCAACUAUGAGCCUCAGAACUGGAUCGGGUCACAUCCCAUCAAUCAGUCCCAGAAGCCAACUGUCACUCUACCACAUAUCAUUGAACCUUUCACGAGGACCUCAAAACGACGUGCAACAUCAAAGGUUACCAAUCAUCAAGCCGGUUAUGGUGUCGGGACAUUCCUCGGCUAAUGAACGUGCUGUUGCCAGGCUUGGCCUCAUGGGCCAACAGAAGACAGAAGUCGGCAUGCUCCCUGAGAGGCUUAUGAAGUACAGUAGUGCAGACGUGCAGAAUCUGUACUACAUGUACAAGAAGGCUUUCGCAAAAUAA